AUGACGACGAGUAGCGGUGAAUGUUCCGUUACGCCCAAUCAUGUGGCCUCGUCAGCAACUUCAACAGCUCCGGUGUGGAGGAAGGUGUUAUAUGAACGGCAGCCCUUUGAGGACAACUACGUGGAUCCCGAAAAGUUCAUGUUGGGGUUGCGGGAGAAUGUCAACCUGAAGACAUAUGAGUACAGCAAGGUCGUCUUAGAUACUUUUGUUGUUGUUCAGCAGUUGACGUUUGUUGUGUUUUUUCUUUUUGCCUUCACUGUGAUGUACUCGGAGGAGGGGAACGCGUACGCGUUGACUUGGAUCAAUGCCGCACUCUUUGCGCUUUCCUUUGUGUUUUACGUGAAACUGCAGCACCAACAGGCCAUGGAGCAGGGUGAAACCCCAACGCCGCUUCUCCAGCAUGUAGUGGGACUUGGGAGGCAGGUUCUUCCUCUGGUUGCCGUGAUUAUUCUUUUUUCACCCAUUCUGCAGACCCUUACGGCAACCUACAGUAACGACACUAUUGUUGCCCUUAGCACCUUUGCUAUGUGCCUUCAUGUGUUGUUAACAGACUACAACUACCUGAACUGCAACACGGAAAAAUGUCAACAGAAUACGUCGGUUAGUGCUGCAACAUUUGGUACAAUUCUUGUGGCCUCUCGUAUUCAAAGUUUUUUUCGUAGCGGUGCCUUGAUCACAUUUGGUAUUCUAUGCUUUACGCUUUCGCCCAUUCCAAGGCAUCACCUCAAACGCACUUCUUCCACAGCGCAUGUGGGACUCACAUUUGCGCUCUGUGGGUUAGCCGCUGGGUGUUUGAUGCAGGUGCCCAUACUUGCUGUGGUGUACUGCCUUUUGGUGGUGGCCGUGUCUUUGGUUAUCCCAUGGUGUUUUCUGACGUUGCAUGGCAGCAUGAAAAAACAAAUCAACGGCCCAUGGGAUGAGGCAAAGCCAACCAAUAGCGCCGCUGCAGCGGAGUGGGCAAACGCUGGCCUUCUGCAUUGA